UGCGCCUCUUUUGAGUGACGGCGAAGAGACGAUCUCAAUAGUGUUAUUUGUCAAAUGGCUAGAGAGCGAAACACAGCAGAUCGACAGAUCGGGCCGCUUAAAAAGGGAAUAAUUAGAAUUGGUAAACGUUAAACAGGACAAAAUAGCUGUGUUGAUUGUGGGUUAUUCCAAUUCUCUCGUGGAGGUUUCUUUUUCUACAUAAACUGAAUUCGAAGCGCCACCCCCUUAUGAAUGAGACCGAGCGAAAGCGCACGCGACUACGGCAGUUAAAAAGUUUGAUCUUUGGAAAGAGGAGGAGAGAAUUUAUUGUUUAUCAACAACCCGUUAAUUUGGUGUUUGUUGGAAAUUAAGGGUGACGUUUGUCGGAUUUUAACGGGUGCUAGAACAUGAUUUGUGUCUUAUCAAGUUUAUGAGAGAGCAUGUGGAAAUUGACUGAGUUUCGGAUACAGAUUACUUUGCUCCAGGAACAAGCUGAUCCGUAAUAUAUACUCAAGUUUACCAUGGAAAUCGACAAACGUGUAAAAUUAGGUAGUUCAGAGAAGAUGGUGGUGUGGAUUUUACUAGCUUCCACGAUUGCUGUGACUGUGUCAGCACUAGGGCCUCCCCAGUAUGUAGGGGACGGAAGGAGUCGUCAAAUCGCGAGAGUGAACCACACCAAGAAGUUACUGUGCCCAGUGGAGGGGGAUCCGUUUCCUUUCAUUGAGUGGAAAAAAGACGGUGAAAGUAUCAAUGAACUGUGGGACAAUCACAAAGUGAUGAAAGAUGGAUCUCUACGAAUUAAAGACAUAGAAGUGGAGAAUGCCGGGAAAUAUGUGUGUAAAGCCACCAAUGGAUUCGGCAGCAUCUCAGUGAACUAUACCCUGGUUGUUGUUGAUGAAGAAAAAGAUGUGGUUUCAGUCGAUGGUACAGAAGUUUACGCCAAGUCGCACGAAGAGGACCUGACUAAAGAAGGAGCGCCCCCUAGAUUCACGAGUCCAGAGAAGAUGAAGCGACAGAAGAUAAUCCGUCCGGUCAACAGCUCGCUGCGUCUCCGGUGCAAGGCGACGGGUAACCCCCGCCCCCAGAUUUCCUGGAUGAAGGACCACCAGGAACUGUAUUCCCGGGACAGUGGACGGAGAUCCUCUUGGACCCUCCGACUCUCCGACCUACAGCAGAUGGACUCGGGAUUGUACACCUGUGUCGUGUGGAACCGUCUGGGCUCCGUCAACUUUACCUAUCACAUUGAGGUCAUCGACAAGAUCAUGUCCAAGCCAGAGCUGUUAGCCCCCCACCCCCUCAACACGACGGUCAAUGCCGGAGAGACGGCCUCCCUCCAAUGUAAAAUCAACAGCGAGAUGCAGCCUCACAUACAGUGGCUGAAGCGGGUGGAUGACCCCAAGUUCAAGUCCAAUAACACCAUAGUGAUCAGUAAACAGCCGUUCAUCAUCCUGAAGUCCAGUGAGAUCGGGAGCGGAUCCGACGGCACGUACCUCAAUAAGUUUGUGAUCCAUCACGUGACUGAGGCCGACGGAGGGAUGUACAUCUGUCUGGCUGCGAACACAAUGGGAUUCAGCUGGAGGAGCGCUCAUCUCAUCGUCAAAUCCAAGCAUCAUGAGAACCAUUAUUCCUACCCGAUCGAGCGCAGCAAUUUGAAUCUUCCCCUGGUGAUCGGCGUACCAGGAGGAAUUCUACUUGUGGUGAUAAUCAUGGCGUUCCUUUUCUUCCAACGUCGGCGGAAGACCCAAUACCACCAGGGGGCGAUAGUCAAUGGUCCCCACUUUAACCGGGUCCCCACCCAGGAUCCCGAACCUUACCUAGGGAGCAUGCACUCCGGCGAAGUGAAGACAAACAUUCAUGUGAACCCCAUACAUGGGACACAGCACAAGAACUUGUACGCUGGCAUCCCCAGCCCCCAUCAUAUGUUGUCCAGUCGGGAAAAGCUUUCCAAGAACAGUCAGAGUAUAGACUUCUAUACAGACAUUUCCUCUGUGUCGCAGAGCCAUCAUAAUCCUCAUCAUCACAUGCAACAGUAUUCCUAUAACGGGCCGUGAACCGCGGGCUCCACAGAUCUGAUCAAUACCUCACUUCCUCCAAACAAAGUCACACGAUUGGCUGAUUUCAUGUGAAACAAAUAAGUCAUUCUGAUUGGCUUUGAGCUUUACUAAGUCAUGAAAGACAGCUGUGAUUGUACUAUAAAGCAUUUCAUUGAUACAAAGGAGACUGUGAUACAAACUACGAGUCACUGACAACAUGGUGCUGAUACUCAGGUGUGUUUGGUUGGAAAUACUUGGUAUUACAAUUAGUAAAUAAUGUAGUGUCGGGCAGUGAUGCAUGGACAUGAACAGACACAAAACUCUGUGCGAGACACAACUCUGUGCUGGGGCACUGUUCUCUGUGAUAUAGGGAUGGCUGACAAUAUGAGAAACCAAAUAACAUCGUCAUAGCCCUGGGACUACACAAAUAAACUGUUCCGUGUGAGACAAGUGAAGCGAUCACUUUAAUCAGUUUUCCAAUCAAACUUUGUGCCAGUCUAUGAAUGAGAGUGUUAGGAUACUUUGUAUACAUGAAGACUAUUGAGAAUAUGGGGAUAUUUUGUGUGAAUGGAUACUUUAUUGUGUAUCUGAACGAUUUGUAUAUAUCUGAACGAUUUGUAUAUGUGGAUACUUUAUGGAAUGCCUGGAUAUUUUAGAAGCACAUUUUAUAGUUUUGUAUAAUUAAUUUGUGCGAGUGAGUACUAUAAAGCUUGUUUGACUGGGUGAUGAUUGUGUGUAUAAAUGAUGUGAUUUGGCACUGUUAUUGUGUGUGUUAUUAUAGGGAUUUACACAAGGAAUUUCCCUACCAGAGUGCAAUCUUUAUUCAUUAUGAUCUUGGCUGUAUUUCAGUGAACGUGAGAUUGUCCAUAGAUUUGUAUUUUUAGAGAUUCUAGAUUUGUUUUGUACAUAAAUUAAUGAUUAAGUUCACUUUUUGAUACAGCACGGGGGAUUGUGCUGAGGGUAAAAUAAUUUGAGUUACUGCCUGUUCUACAGGUGUUUCAAUAAGGUGUCUCUAUACUACUGGGCUACAUACCUUUAUGGCUAUACAUUCUCUUUACUGGUAUACAUAUCGUCCUAUAAUACUGGUGAUAUUGAGUUCUGGGGGGGGAGUUGGUCAUCUGUGGAAAUUUUGACGGAGACCCGUGAUUUAUGAGUUCGUUCUUUAUUUUAUGUUGAUAUCGGGUUAACUUGGUCUCAAUAUUAUUGUUCUGGAGAGUUUAAAUAUCUGGGAGGGGGUACGGGUUCUGCUCUAUUGGGGCUCUUAGUUAUGUUUGGACACAAGUCCUGUUGAAGUUUAAUUUUUAAAAAUAUUUUAGUUUAUGAGCAAAUUAGCUGAUCUGUUAAAAAAUUCUGAUUUCAUUUUUAAUGCAAAGCAGUGCUUUGUUUUGAAUUUUUCCCACGUUACUUCAAUGGGAUUUUUUGUUUGCAAGUAAUUAUUACUUGUUUAUAUUAGCAUUAUUCAAAGAGAGGUAACUCUGAUUUUUUUGUGAACAGGGUAAAAGUUGAUGAGUUCUUUGUACACAGGUGUACCAGCCAUGUUAUAUUAAAACAAUUUAAACAAUCA